AUGAUACAAGAAUUAUUAGGACAGGGUGAUUAUUUUUCAGCAUUAGAUUUAAUUGACGAAGCAAAUAGCUUAUUACAUGGUGGUAAUGUUUGCAGCAAUUCUGGUUAUAAUGGGAACGAGAAAAAUAUCAAUUUACAAUUUAAUAAUAAUAAUGGGUUAAAGACUCAGCUUACUUCUGGUGUUAAUAAUAGACCAAUAACUAUUUCAAGACUGAGUAAUGUGGCAAAUGAUAUUAAAAAAUCGAGUGCAAUUGAUUUAAGAGGAGUCAAAGCUUUAAUGUAUUUUAAUGUCAUUAAUGAAUUAAGGAUUGCAGGGUGUAUUGGUUUGAAGAUGUAUCUUGAAUAUUUAGUAACAAAACGUAAAAGUAAGGAAGAAUCACAUCAUACAGAACUUUUCUCGCAACAAUCUAAAGAUACGACAAAGACAUUUUUAUCAUUUUUAUUAUCUCAGCCUAUAGAAGAUUUAAUAUCACAAGAACGUGUUAAACUGAUAGCGUUUUUACAAACCUCAACUCAAUAUAAUUUAGAUAAAAUUUUAAAUAAAUUAUUAGAAGUUAAAAUAUUGAAAGCGGAAUUGGCAAUCAUUUAUGGCAAAUUGAGUGAACAUGAGAAAGCAUUAAAUUUGUUGAUAAAUGAUUUAAGAGAUUAUAAUGGAGCAGAAAUUUAUUGUAUUUAUGGUGGUAAUAUGAUUGGUAUUAUUAAUAAGUCAUCAAAAAAACAAGCUGAUAAAAUAAUUAAAGAGGAUAAAAAUGUUUUAACUAGGAGAAAAUCUUUAUUUUUAAUGUUAUUGAAUGUUUAUCUUGAAAAUGGAAAUGAAAUGGUUGAUAGGAUAAUAAGUUUAUUAAAUAAGCAAGCAAUCUAUUUAGAUCUUAUUGAGGUCUUGUCUUUAUUACCUGAAUAUUGGUCAAUUGAAAUGUUUAAUGAGUUUUUAGUUAAAUCAAUAAGAAAAGAUUAUCAUGAAUAUAGGGAGGGACAGAUUUUAAAAUCCAUUUGCCAUGCCUAUCAAGAAAUUGGGCCAAUAGUCAUUACGCAAAAUGUAAAAUGUACAAUAUGUGAAGAUUAUAUCAGUGGAUCAGAUUUCUUACGUAAAACAAAUAGUGAUCUUGUUCAUUUAAAAUGUGAAAAUCCCAAUAAUGAAAAUGAUAAUAAUAAUAAUUUACAACAAAAAAAUGGCAAUGAAAAUAAUAAACCAGCAGAUCCAUUAAAUUCUUAA